CUAAGGUACCGGAGUUUACUUUGUGAUAUAUCAUGAAUAUGCAUAACUUUGAAUCUUAUCAAAAGGUUGACGGUUAGUUUUCUUUAAAAACACUUUAAAAACGUUAGGAAAUGUAUGGAUGCUAAGCAAUUUGUCAAAAUUAUGGUUGAAUAAUCUGUUAUGUUCUGUUCUGUUCUAACUGGUUAGCUGACGACAUAAUUUCCUUGUUAAUGAGUCUGAGGGUUCGGUUUGGCACAAUUUUUCACAGCAGGAAGAAGGCUAAGGUACUGAACUUAACUCUGUGAUAUAUCAUGAAUAUGCAUAGCUUUGAAUCGUAUCAAUAGGUUGACGGUUAGUUUUCGGUAAAACACGCAGUUAAAAAGAUAUUGAAUAAAUUAGUUGAUACUUGCUCUAAGGUAUGCUACAGGUUAGACUGUGGACAUUGGGGAUCUAACCCAGAAUCUUUCAGCUUAGAGUCAAGCGGUUGAGGUUUAAAUACUUCUAUUACUUUUUCUUCUGGUUUAAGAUUUGUCCUAAAUCACGUGUCCGUAGGUGACUUUAAAGGUACUUAGGACAGAAUGCAACAAUUGUUUUAUUUGUAGUGCGAUACUAUGAUUAUAAUAUUUAGACAGGAAGAUGGCCAUCUUGGGUAGUGAAGGUGUUUAAACCUCAUCUUGACCUGGGUCUUCUUCUCUGUGGGCCUGCAUCAAAGAUCCGGUUGUGAUGUCAUACGACAUGAGGAAGUCCAUAUAUGGACAUGCCUUCAGAGCGGUUUAACCAGCACAGGCAACAGUAGGUAUGAUAUCCGCAUCGGUAAACUUGAUCUUGAUCAGACACGUUUGAAUCCCUAAGAGACUUGAAUGAUGAAACGUCAUUAAAUAGUUAUUAGAAACGUCAUCUCCAAAUCUUGUACCUCUUUGAGAAUGAGAGGGUCUAUGAAUCUCUUUCUAGGAAAGACCAUCCUUGUUCUCGACCAAAUUAAACAGAGACAACAGCAAUGACCGGCAAUAAGUAGCUCCUAUAAGAGCAGAGAGUAGACAAUCGCUGACUGUCAGUAGAUAGAAUAUGUAGUUGUGUUUGUGUCCAGGUCUCCAGUCAACUAUGGAUGAGGAGAGAGAGGUGGGUCCUACCUCUAUAACCACUCUGUCUGGGGAACAUGGCCGCCAGAGCAAAGCUAAGAGCUCAGAGCAUCAAGAGAGAGCAGACUCCCCAGGACCCAGCUGUGUCUCCUUGAAGAGUGGCCACUCUAUGGAUCCACCUGCUAAGUUCAAAGAUGGAAAUCAGUCUAUUGAGAAGAGACAAGUCCAGCAGGAGAGAGCAGACUCCCCUGGACCCAGCUGUGUCUCCAUGAAGAGUGGCCAGUCUAUGGAUCCACCUGCUAAGUUCAAAGAUGGAAAUCAGUCUAUUGAGAAGAGACGAGUCCAGCAGGAGGGAGGAGACUCCCCUGGACCCAGCUGUGUCUCCAUGAAGAGUGACCACUCUAUGGAUCCACCUGCUAAAUUCAAAGAUGGAAAUCAGUUUAUUGGGAAAAGACAACACCAGGAAAAGUCGAAGGUUACCAGUGCUCAGUCUGUACAGCAGCAUCAAACAGAGCUGAUCAAGAGGGCUGAGGAGAAUGCACACGCUUUUUUAGACAAGGAGCUGAAGAAGCUCUGGAGGGUUCUCUACCCAGAUUACCCACAAUGCUCAGAGAGUCAGAGGGAGGAGGAGCAGGAGGAGGAGGAGGAGGUGGAUGGUAAGAAGGAGGAGCAGAGGAGGCGCGCCAUAGAGGGAGUGGUGGACAUCACUACGCUCUGCCUGAUGGAGAUGAACCAGGGGGAACUGGCCGACACACUGUGGGGCGGAGCUGUUGCUGUUGGGUGCCAACAUAAAAUCAAGUCUCACCUGAGGGAAAAGUUCAGGAAUGAGUUUGAGGGAAUCGCUAAAGCAGGACAGCCAACAGGUCUGAAUGACUUCUACACAGAGCUCUUCAUCACAGCGAGAGGCAGUGGAGAGGUCAACCAGGAACAUGAGGUCAGACUGAUUGAAACAGCCUCCAGGAAACCAGCCAGGGAGGAAACACCGAUGAAAUGUGAAGACAUCUUUAAACCCUUACCUGGACAAGAUCAACCAAUCAGAACAAUAAUGACAACGGGAGUGGCAGGCAUUGGUAAAACCGUCUUAACACACAAGUUCACUCUGGACUGGGCUGAAGGGAAAAACAACCACAACGUUCACUUCACGUUUCUCUUGACUUUCAGAGAGCUGAAUUUACUGAAAGGGAAAGAGUUUAGCUUGGUGGAACUUCUUCAUCACUUCUUUAUUGAAACCAAAGAAGCAGCUAUCUGCAGAUACGACCAGUUCCAAGUUGUCUUCAUCUUGGAUGGUCUGGAUGAGUGCCGACUGCCUCUGGACUUCCAGAACAACCAGAUCUUGACUGAUGUCACUGAGUCCAUCUCGGUGGACAUGUUGCUGACAAACCUCAUCAAGGGCAACCUGCUUCCCUCCGCUCGCAUUUGGAUAACCACACGCCCAGCAGCAGCCCAUCAGAUCCCUGCUGAGUGUGUUGACAGGGUGACGGAGGUGAGAGGCUUUAGCGACUCACAGAAGGAAGAGUACUUUCGGCACAAAUUCAGAGAUGAGACAAUGGCCAGCAAAAUCAUCUCCCAUGUCAAGAAAUCACGAAGCCUCCACAUCAUGUGUCACAUCCCAGUCUUCUGUUGGAUCGCUGCAACAGUUCUGGAGGACUUCUUUAAACCAUCCCAGAGAGGAAAAGAGAUGCCAAAGAAUGUGACUCAGAUGUACAUCCACUUCCUGAGGGUUCAGUCCAUACAGGCGGACAUGAAAUACCAUGGGAGAGCUGAAAUAGAUCUAGACUGGAGUUCAGAGAGCAGGGAGAUAAUUUUUUCUCUUGGAAAACUGGCUUUUAACCAGCUGGAGAAAGGCAACCUCAUCUUCUAUGAGGCAGAUCUGGCAGAGGGUGGCAUCGAUAUCAGAGCAGCCUCAGUGUGCUCAGGAGUGUUCACCCAGAUCUUUAAAGAGGAGCAUGGGCUGUACCGGGACAAGUUGUUCUGCUUUGUCCAUCUGAGCCUCCAGGAGUUUCUGGCAGCCCUUUAUGUCCUCCUGUCCUUCAUCAACACUGGUGUCAAUCUACUCUCAGAAGAACAAGCUACCUCUAGGAAAGGUGAACUUUUCUUCUACCAGAUUGCUGUGGACAAGGCCUUACAGAGUGAGAACGGACACCUGGACUUGUUCCUCCGCUUCCUCCUAGGCCUAUCUCUGGAGACCAAACAGAAUCUACUUGGUCUACUGGGAUGGACAGGAAGAGGAUCACUGACCACUAAGAUUAAACAAGGUCUGGAAAUUCGGCUGGAUGAAAGCCAGCACAAUCUGAGAAUAGUAAAUGACAUCAAGAAGAAGAUAAAUGGAGAUCUCUCUCCAGAGAACAGCAUCAAUCUGUUCCACUGUCUGAAUGAGCUGAACGACUGUUCUCUAGUGGAGGAAAUCCAACAGUCUCUUACAUCAGGAAGCCUCUUCAUGGAAUCUCUCUCUCCUGCUCAGUGGUCUGCUCUGGUCUUCAUCUUACUGUCAUCAGAAGAGGAGCUGGACGUGUUUGACCUGAAGAAAUACUCUGCUUCAGAGGAGAGUCUUCUGAGGCUGCUGCCAGUGGUCAAAGCCUCCAAAACAUCUCUGCUGAAUGACUGUCAACUGUCAGAGAGAUGCUGUGAAGCUCUAGCCUCAGUUCUCAGCUCCAGUGCCUCUAGUCUGAGAGAACUGGACCUGAGUACCAAUGAUCUGCAGGAUUCAGGAGUGGAGCUGCUCUGUGCUGGACUGGGGAGUCCACACUGUACACUGGAAACUCUCAGUCUGAAUGGCUGUCAUCUGUCAGAGAGAUGCUGUGAAGCUCUGGCCUCAGUUCUCAUCUCCGACUCCUCUCGUCUGAGAGAGCUGGACCUGAGCUUCAAUGAUCUGCAGGAUUCAGGAGUGGAGCUGCUCUCUGCCGGACUGGGGAGUCCACACUGUACACUGGAAACUCUCAGGCUGAAUGACUGUCAUCUGUCAGAGAGAUGCUGUGAAGCUCUGGCCUCAGUUCUCAGCUCCAGUGCCUCUAGUCUGAGAGAGCUGGACCUGAGCUUCAAUGAUCUGCAGGAUUCAGGAGUUAAGCUGCUCUCUACUGGACUGGGGAGUCCACACUGUACACUGGAAACUCUCAGCUUAUCUGGCUGCCGGGUCACACAGGAAGGCUGUGCCUCUCUGGCCUCAGCUCUGAGCUCCAACCCCUCCCAUCUGAGAGCGCUGGACCUGAGCUACAAUCACCCAGGAGACUCUGGAGCUACGCUGCUCUCUGCUGGACUGAAGGAUCCACGCUGGAGACUGGACACUCUCAGUGUGGAGCACGGUGGAGUAGAAAGGCUGAAACCAGCUCCACAGAGGUAUGCCUGUGAACUAACACUGGACCCAAAUACAGCCUACAGACGACUCUCUCUGUCUGAGAACAACAGAAAGGUGCUGUUUGUUGAAAAGGAGCAGUCUUAUCCUGAUCACCCAGAGAGAUUUGACUCCUGGUCCCAAGUGUUGUGUAGAGAGGGUCUGAAUGUUCGAUGUUACUGGGAGGUAGAGUGGGAAGGAUCUGUUGCUAUAGGAGUGACACACAGAGGAAUCACAAGGAUAGGAGGGGGUGUUGAUAGAAGGCUUGGAUACAACAACAAGUCCUGGAGUCUUGAUUGUUAUUAUGGUUGUUACAUUGCCGGGUACAACGGUAGUGAAACAGUCAUACGUCUCCUCCCCGCUGGCUCUAACAGAGUAGGAGUGUAUCUGGACCGACCCUCUGGCACUCUGUCAUUCUACAGAGUGUCCCCAGGUGGAGGAGGGUCCUCAGACACACUGACACACAUCCACACCUUCCAGUCCAUCUUCACCCAGGUGAACCUCCUCCCUGCGUUAGGGUUAUUGAGUUAUGGUUCCUCAGUGUCUCUGUGUCGGUUGUAGUUAAACACGCAUAUCUCAACACACAAAUAUUCAGGCACACAGACAAACACAUGUAUAUAUCAACACGCAUACACUAUACACACACACAUUAUGAAUACAUACACUACACACAUAUAUGAAUACACACAACCACCCACAUAUGUGAAUGCACACACGCACAUUCAUAUUUACACACAUUCCCAUACAUACAUACAUGGUUUAAAUACAAGCACUCAACUAUACUCCAAAUGCUUUUAUUGGGCUUGUGAAAGUUGGAAGGAAGAGACUUUUAAGAACUUCAAUAGGGUUAACUAAGUAGGUUUUCAAGACUUCCUUUCUAAUGUCAAAUACUGAUUGAUAGUAAGUCAAAACACAUUUAUACUACAAUAUUUUAUAUAUUUUCAGACAUUAACAGUUUCAUACUAAAGGCCUCUGAUAUCAGUUUAUAUUUUGCAAGCUUAACAUGAUUUUAGGUAGAUUAAUUAUUAAAUUCAUAAUAUCUAUGGGAAAGGAUAUUGAUCUUAUUGUGAAUCAUCAAUAUCAACUGUUGGGAUCAACACAGCAAUAUAACAUGUUUUUAUUAAAGAUAUGUGCACACCUCUUUAUGAUUAGUAAUGUUCUUGUGUUUAUUGUGUACACGUAAGGGACUAUUUUUCUGUUGUACUGGUUAAUAAAGCAUCAUGGUAAUAAACAACUCAGUUGAUCAACUGAAUGUUCUUAUGUGUUCAACAGAGGAUCAGUUUACACUUUAAGGUUGGGGGUUCACUUAAUCAAAAGCACAACAGAGGCUUCAU